AUGGACCACAAGAGAGGCGUCUCGCAUGAAUCUAUACCCAUCUUAGCAGGGACUCUCAGGGAUAAGGUGGAGGAUACGAUACACAGCACUCGACAAUUCAUCCGCGACCACUCACCCCGCCCAUCUGUUCGGAAGUUAGGUCAGAACCAGGACUCGGAAUCUAGCAGUCAGACUCAGGUCUCAGAUGGUCAUAAGGAGUCGGCCUUCCAGACUACAGAUCUGCCCAUCAUUGUCAGCCUGGAAGUGCUCGCGGACGAGGACCAGCAGGAGGUCAUGGUUCAGAUCAUGAAAGAGGAGUGGGCGGGAUUGCUUCUCACGGGCCCCUUGGACGGGUGCGAUCCCAAAUUCCAUGCGCCGAGAUUGGAAGAUCUCCGACGCAAAAUUUUGAGGGUGGCGAUAUGCCGCAACCUUGGGAAUCUAUCCAUCUACACGUUUAGCCAGCAUUUCAAAGGUUUCGAUAACCGAACGACGAAAAAGCCCGGCCACAUCUUCUCCGUCAGCGAAAGUCGCAUACACGAAUUGUCUACAACAAAUCCGUACGAACUGUUCCAGCACAACAAGAAUUUCAUGAUGCGCGCAUACCCCGAUGGCUCGAGGAUGGUAGCAAUGAACUGGCAAAAUCUCGACGAGGGCAUGAUGUUGAACGAAGGCAUGUUCGCCGACGAGGAAGGUUGGGUGUUGAAACCAAAAGGGUAUGGGGCCUUGGAGAGGGAAACAGAAACGUACCACGAUACCGUCCCGCGCUCGAAACUUGAUCUCAAAAUCACCAUCCUAGCGGGGGAGAAAAGAGACAAGACAGAGGGCACCAUCGUGGAGUGCAAGCAGAAGACGAGAACGACCGAGUCGGACCAUCCGGACUUCGGCAAGAGCGGCUAUACAUUCUCCUUCAAGGGAAUUUAUGGCACCAACCAGGAAUUCGCGUUCAUCAGGUUCAAAAUCGAAGAUGACCAAAGUAGAGUUGCGUCUCGAGAAAUUCUCUCCUGGGCAUGUAUCAGGCUCGAUCGUCUUCGCUGUGGAUACCGCUUCGUGUCCCUGAUGGAUCCCAAGGGCUGCCCGAUUUCCGACGGUAAACUACUGAUCAAAGUCGAAAAGACUUUACGGUAG